UGCGUAGAAUAUAGUGGGGCUACGUAGAACAUCCCAUCUUCGGUGCACAAGUACUGUUUUCUCUCUUUAUUUCUCUUUAUAUAGCUUAGCCACUUGGGUCUGGUCUGGUGAGAGAGAGAGAGAGAGAGAGAGAGAGAGAGAGGAAAUGGGGAGGCUAUUUGUGGUCAAUCUAGAGGGAAAGAUCUACGGCUGCAAGCACUGUCAAACCCAUCUAGCUCUCUGUGAAGACAUCGUUUCCAAGUCUUUCCAGUGCAGGCAUGGGAAGGCUUACCUCUUCAAUAAGGUAGUGAAUGUCACUGUUGGGGAUAGAGAAGAAAGAAUGAUGAUGACGGGAUUGCACACUGUUGCUGACAUUUUCUGCGUAGGAUGCGGAUCAAAUGUGGGAUGGAAAUACGAAUUUGCCAAUGAAAAGGGCCAAAAGUACAAGGAAGGAAAAUCUGUCCUUGAGCGGUUUAAGAUUUCAGCCCCGGAUGGAAGCAACUACUGGGCAAGUCAUGAAGCACAUGUUGGUGGAAGUGAUGCAGAUGAUGUUUGAUUUCUCUUAAUUCCAACUGUAAAUUCUUAAUCCUCCCUGUUCUUUCAUUCAACUUGUGGAUUUGGUAAUUUAUCAUUUCAGCCAGCUGCACUAUGUUGCCCUUAUGACUUGUACCAAGACUCCACUUUUAAUAUUGGGUUUACUGCUACAAA